GAAUCAACUUGGUCAGUUUGGCAAAGAUGUAAUAUUAAACCUCAAAUGACUAUGUUUACAUUUAAACUAUGCACCGCCUACCGAGAAAAAUUCCAAUGAUGUUGAGGCCAAGUAUAAUCACGAUAUCGAUCUCGAAAGGUCUCGAUGUAAGAACUAUUUCAUCAUGACCGAUGUACUGAGUCGAGAAAACAUCUUCUAUCCUGCCAUAGUAAGCCUUAUUGGCGCUCUUCAGCUUGCUCGUUUUACCAGGAGAGUCGGCGAAGCAAGAGGAAAGUACAGGAUCCCCGUACCAAAGACUGAUGGUGACCCAAAUUUUACCAGAAUUUUUCGAGCUCAGCAAAACACACUGGAAUUUUAUCCAAUUUUUAUUACUUUGCUCUGGAUAAGCUCCAUAUUCCUACAUCAUGCUAUACCAUCAAUAAUAGGUUUGAUCUACCUAUACGCAAGAUAUAAGUAUUUUUAUGGAUACGCAGAAGCAGGUGAAAGGAGAUUACCUGGUUUAGGUUUGGCAUUGAACAUUCUCUUAGUUUUACUUGUAAUGAGCAUUCUUGGUCUUGCUGCAACUGGAUAUACUAAAUACACUGGAAGAACAAUAGAUGUUUCAUUCUAUGAAGAUAAAGCCUUAGAGUACGCCAAGCCAGCAUUUGAUCAAAUCAACUCCAGUUUUAAACAAACAAAGAAGACGUUGAGCCCUUAUUUAGAGACGGCAAGCAAAAAAGUCUCUGACGUUUUACAAGAUGUAAAAACAUUUACUACAGAUUUAGUGUUUACUUUUAAAAAACGAUAUUUUUCAUCUAAUUUUCAAGAACCUGUGAAGGGAAAGCAAGAACUGUAAGUCGUACGGGUUUUGAGAUUAUGUACAGUCAUACUAACGUUCAAGAUGUUGUUAUUUCACUUUCAAUCACUGUUAAAAUUUAUUUAGA